CCAAGACGCUGUGAAAUUGUUCGCACACAACGUAGAAGAGAAGCGGAAAGUUUUUGUUUACGUAGUGCUUUUUAAAGCAGCAAUAACAAUUAAAUUAAUCUACAAAAAAUAGUGAAUUUAUAUGCACAAUCUUUUAUAAAUUAAUAUUUGUAAUAAUAGUUUUUAUUUAUAAAUACCCCAAGCAUUUGUGUAAAAUUUGGCUAAAAGCCAAGUAGCAAACCAUACCAACUAUUCGCUUAAAAUUCCAGCAUAAAAUUGCAAUCCGAAUCAAAGAGGUAAAAGACGAGGCGUAUAUUCGUUUUAGUGCAAAAAUCGCUUACUUGAAAUUGUGAAAGUUUAUUUUUUGUUCUUCUCAAUUGCAAAGUGUAUUUUGGAAUAGUGUGAAUAAAAUAGAGCAUUCAUUUUAGUGUAAAUAAUUCAAAUAUCUGAUACAUAUUUUGCAUAUUGUGAAAUACAUACACCUACUCAUACAGAGCUCAGUGAUUAAUAAGUGAAAACUGGAGCCAUCGACAGCUGAAGCAAAAAUGCAGAACUAUGCGGAUGCCUUGAGUGCCAAGGGGUAUCGCAGUUUUGGCUUCGAUACGGACAUGGAAAUGGAGUUUGAUUUAAAUAAUGGGCACGACUUGAAAACCAAAUCCGGAUCCGAUUCGCCCACCUCCACCGCAGCGGCACGUCUGUCGAAGACACCUGUACCCAGUGAAGUUUCCGAAGAUGGACUUCCGAAUGAAAUUUCCGCUCCAUAUGAAGUACCACAAUUCCCUAUCGAACAAAUUGAGAAGAAAUUACAAAUCCAGCGGCAAUUAAAUGAGGCAAUACCCUCGAGAUCUGACAAGCAUCAAUCAGUACUAACUGAAGAGAGUUUAAUGACAUUGGACAACUACGACGAAGAAGAACAUGAAUUGCCCAAUUUCCAACGUGUUUCCAUCUCUGGUGAGGAUACAAGUGGCGUGCCAUUGGAAGAUUUAGAGCGCGCCUCCACGCUGCUCAUACAAGCGCUGGAAUUACGCGAACGUUAUAUGUUGCAUUCGGGUCAGUCGUUUCCGACAACAACAAGACGUUUUCUAAAAACCGUGCACGAGCGCAAUCGUUUCGGCACGAUUGAACACGAGAAUCGCAAGACCAUCGCAGACCAUCCCAUACAUCCGCCAAAUGACAAGUCUGAUCCAUGGGAAGUGGAAUUUCCAGCUGAUAAUGAUUAUGAAAUUAAAAGUAUUAACGGUGUCUUCCACGUCUACAAGGAUAAGGAAUGCACGCAGGAGGUGAAAUGCGAGUAUCCAAAUCUCAAGGAGUUCGUUAACGACAUGCAGGUCAUGUGUAAUAUGAUUGUUGAUGGACCACUUAAAUCGUUUUGUUAUCGCCGCCUUUGCUAUCUCUCAUCGAAAUUCCAGUUGCAUGUCCUUUUAAAUGAGCUACGUGAGUUGGCUUCUCAGAAGGCGGUGCCACAUCGUGAUUUCUAUAAUAUUAGAAAGGUGGACACUCACAUUCACGCCGCUUCAUGCAUGAAUCAGAAACACUUGCUGCGUUUCAUUAAGAAGACGCUCAAAAAUAACGCCGAUGAAAUUGUGACAAUCACCAAAGGUCAACCAAUGUCACUGAAAGAUGUUUUCCAGUCAAUGAAUCUGACCACCUAUGAUCUAACUGUGGAUAUGUUGGAUGUGCAUGCGGAUCGGAACACAUUCCAUCGUUUCGACAAAUUCAAUUCCAAAUACAAUCCGAUCGGUGAGUCGCGUUUGCGCGAGGUCUUCCUCAAGACGGACAACUAUUCGAAUGGCAAAUAUUUUGCACAAAUUAUUAAGGAAGUCGCCUUCGAUUUGGAGGAAUCGAAAUACCAAAAUACCGAGCUACGUCUCUCCAUUUAUGGCAAAUCACCGGAUGAGUGGAAGAAGCUAGCCAGAUGGGCCAUCGAAUAUAAUGUGCAUUCGACAAAUGUACGCUGGUUGAUACAGAUUCCACGACUUUAUGAUAUCUUCAAAUCCAAUAAUUUGAUGAAUUCAUUCCAAAAUAUAUUGGACAACAUCUUUAAGCCACUCUUCGAGGCUACCAGCCGACCCAGCGAGCAUCCGGAUUUACAUCGUUUUCUUAAUUAUGUAAUCGGUUUCGAUUCAGUGGACGAUGAAUCGAAGCCGGAGAACCCAAUUAUUGAUUUGGACAUACCAACACCGGAAGCCUGGAGUGAGGAGGAGAAUCCACCAUAUGCCUACUACAUUUACUAUAUGUACGCGAAUAUGACUGUGCUGAACCAAUACCGGAAAGCGCGCGGCAUGAAUACAUUCGUUUUGCGUCCGCAUUGCGGUGAGGCCGGCCCGGUACAGCAUUUAGUUUGUGGCUACCUAAUGGCUGAGAACAUCUCUCACGGUCUCCUCUUGCGUAAAGUGCCUGUGCUGCAGUAUCUCUUUUAUCUGACACAAAUCGGCAUUGCCAUGUCGCCACUCUCCAACAAUUCACUUUUCCUCAACUAUCAUCGCAAUCCGCUGCCGGAGUAUUUGGCGCGCGGUCUGAUUGUCUCACUUUCCACUGAUGAUCCACUGCAAUUCCACUUCACAAAGGAACCCCUGAUGGAGGAGUACAGCAUUGCGGCGCAAGUGUGGAAGUUGAGCUCAUGUGAUAUGUGCGAAUUGGCGCGCAACAGUGUGAUUAUGAGUGGUUUUCCGCAUAAGGUCAAACAACACUGGCUCGGACCGAAUUAUACGCGUGAAGGUGUUGCCGGCAAUGACAUAACGCGCACAAAUGUGCCCGACAUACGCGUGGCCUACCGGCAUGAAACACUGCUCGACGAGCUGUCGAAUAUCUUCAAGGUGCACGAGAUACCGAAAAGUGAGUAAGCCUACCCGGGACAACAACCAGCGCAGCAGUGACCAAAAACAACACAAACACAUUUGAUAACACAUACAACUGCGUAAGCGAUUGCUUAGCCCGAAUAGCUGGUGCCAUGACGGUUGAGUCGACAUCUUCUCAUGAAUUUACCUACAAACAUAUAUAAACUCCUUGAGGCUCCUUUUUCUACCACAAUUAUAACUGUAAUUACUAUAUACAUAUAUAUUAAUAUUAUUACUACUACUAUUACUACAUAUAACUGCUGUUACUAAAACCAAUCAACAACUACUUCAACACGCGCGUAUUUACAUACAUGUGAAUUUGAAUCUUCUUGUUAUAACCUUAAUGAAAAUAUGUAAGUAUGUUGGCUUAAGUGUAUGUUACAUUUUGUAAACACACACACACACAUAUUUAUUGAAAUAUCUUUUUUCGUAUUUAACACUUGAAACUCAUAAACAAUUAACAAAAGUCUAAACAAUUGCAGAGCAGAGUGCAAACAACAUUCAACUGCAAGCUGAAGAAGUUGAAAAUGAAGUUGAAAAAGCAAAUCAAAUCGAAGCCGUUAAGUCAUUUUUUCUUAGCUCAGAAUAUAGCUCGGGCUUGGAGGAUUUAUAAUAUUUGUUAUUGUUUCAUAAUUAUUUGAAUUUUUAAAAAAAUUUUUAUUCUAAUUUGCCAUCGCUUUUAAGCAAGUAAAAUAUAUGUAUGUAUGUAUAAUAAUAAUAUUGUUAUUUAUAGUAUAUAUGUAUAGCCUCUUCCAAUGAGCAAAACUGUUAAAAUUUGUUGUUGUAUUUAUGCUCACACGUAUCUGUAUGUAAUAUAAAUUAAUUUGCAAUUUCCUCAAUUCGGCUUGUUAAACUAAAAAUUGCUACGGCAACUGCAAAUUGUUUCAUGUCAAACGCAAAUGCAACAAAAAAAUAAAAAUUGAAUUGUUUAAUGGUGCAAAAUGCAAAAAUAAAUUGUGAAAAUCCAUUUAAGCAUUAAA